UAUUAUUCUUAUAAUUUAUUUUGAAAAAGUGAAGCAAAUUUUCGUUCAUUCCCAUCUUCCAACCGAAGUCCGGUAUCGAUUGUCGAACCUAAAGCCUCCAUGACCACCACUCUUUCAGCCAAGUCUCAGGAUCCUUUUCAUACCCAAUUCACACUACCCAGCUCUUCCAACACCCGCCAAUUAAGGUUCAAAUCCAAACUCGCCCGCUCCAACCACAAGUCUCAGCGUCCUGACUCGAUCCAUGCCAACCACAACAACCAAUUGAAUUGCGCUACAUCCGAUGGCGACUCCCUGUAUAAACAACCUCCUGUAACGGCGCAACAGCCGAAGCCGAAAGUCACUUUUCGUUUUGGUAAUAAAAUCAAUUGCUCCGACGAGGUUGACGACGUCAGUGAUCGUAGUAAAGUUGAGGUCAAUGCCGAGGAACCAUCGGCGCCGACAAGAAUGUGGAAUUUCAGGCCUAGGAAACCGCCGGCGUGUAAAGACACCAAUAGCGGUAAGGUUCCUUCGAGGACGGGAGCAAUGCCGCCAGUGGAUAGCAGAACCCAUAAUGCAUCGGGUCGACCCGGUUUAGCACAGUAUCAGUUGGCAAAUGAUGCUACAACUGAAGUGACGAAGCCGCGGUUUUCAAUUUCUCUUUCGAGGGAGGAGAUUGAAGCGGAUUUCCUCUUGAUGACGGGGUCAAAGCCCCCUAAGAAGCCGAUGAAGAGAGAAAGAAGUGUUAAGAAACGGCUUGAUAAUCUUUUUCCGGGCUUGCAGUUGGAAUCAAUAGGACCAGAUUCCUACCGAGUCUCUAAAAACCCUUGAAAAGUUGAAAGGGCUAGAGAAGAUUGUCAAUGCUGUGAUUAGUUUUGAAGCUUCAAAGUCUCAUGUUUUCAGCAAUGUGAUACCAGUGUUGGAUGGUACAAUAACCAUAGAGUUCAAAAGACUCCAAUGAAAUUAAAAGAAUUGUAGUAUUAUUAUUAGUUUUAGUUGUUAGAAGUCAUUGCAGAUGUUAAUUAGGCUGUCAGGUAUCAUCAAUUAUUAUUUUAUUUUUUCAGAAAGUAUUAGCAAUUAUUGAAUGAAUGCGAUUUAUGGUAGUUUUAGUUUGUA